AUGUGCGAAAGGGGAAAGAAUCCAACGAACGGCGUGGUAUGGUACAUCCUCGGGUUUUCUGCUAACCCUAGCCAACCUAUAUCCGUUCCUUUGGCUGAGAAAGAGGCAUAUUCCUCUUUCUAUACCCACAAGAUGUCGCAACUGUGGCCAUUCUUGUCCACCUCCACAUUCGGCCGCCUCUAUGGCUCCAGCAUGCACAAGCUCCCAGCACACCUUCCCAUCUUCCGCCUUCCACUCACUCUGCGUAAGUCCCUCGCAGGGUUCAUGGCCGCCUCUAUCACAGGCGUCCUGAUCGCUGUGGGUUUCUAG